UAACGCGCACUGACAUUUAAUAGGCUGAAGGAGUUGGUUGCUUUGGUGUUUAAGCAAUGAAAUACGAAUGAGCACGUCGGCGAAUCGAAAGGAAACUCACCAGCAAAGAGUGUUGAAUGUUAGGGCGCUUGCUGUUGACUCCAGUUUCGGUUGCCAAAAGGAUUUAACUGCCCCUCCGUUCUGAUCUGUGGCUGCGCAGCCGUCAACAGUCAAAUACACGACUGGGAAAAUGACAUUUAAAGAGGAAAACUGCUUUUGUAAAAGCUAAGGAAGUGUGUUUUGGAGGGAGGGCAUGAAUCUGUAAGACUUCUCAGUGUUUGUUUUGUAGAUUUUUUUUGGUUUUGGUAGUGGGGAACACCUAGUUCCAAGCGGAGGGACGCCUCUUGACAUUAUCUGCUGCGUGGACUGCUGCUUUGUUUCUGCCGCACAAAUGGCAACAGCUCUCAGAGAAAGAAACCCGGGAGGUCGCGCACCUAACCCGAGGAAAGGCCGGAUUUUAGGCAUCAUUGAUGCGAUCCAGGAUGCUGUCGGACCGCCGAAACAAGCUGUCGCUGACCGCAGAACAGUGGAAAAAACGUGGAAGCUCAUGGAUAAAGUGGUGAGGCUGUGUCAGAAUCCCCGGUUGCACCUGAAGAACAGCCCGCCGUACAUCCUGGAUAUUUUACCCGACACCUAUCAGCACUUGCGGCUUGUGCUCUGCAAGUACGAGGAGAGCCAGAAGCUGGCGCAGCUCAGCGAAAACGAAUACUUCAAAGUGUACAUCGACAGCCUGAUGAAGAAGUCCAAACGGGCGAUCCGCCUUUUCAAAGAGGGCAAGGAAAGGAUGUACGAGGAGCAGUCACAAGACAGGCGGAACCUGACCAAGCUCUCGCUCAUCUUCAGCCACAUGCUGGCGGAGAUCAAGGCCAUCUUCCCCGGGGGGCAGUUCCAGGGAGACUCCUUCCGCAUCACCAAGGCCGACGCCGCCGAGUUCUGGAGGAGGUUCUUCGACGAAAGGACGAUCGUCCCGUGGAAGGUGUUCCGUCAGUGCCUUAACGAAGUGCAUCCCAUCAGCUCGGGCCUGGAGGCCAUGGCCCUCAAGUCCACCAUCGACCUCACCUGCAACGACUACAUCUCCGUCUUCGAGUUCGACAUCUUCACCCGGCUCUUCCAGCCCUGGGGCUCCAUCCUCCGAAACUGGAAUUUCCUGGCGGUGACUCACCCCGGCUACAUGGCCUUCCUGACGUACGACGAGGUGAAGGCGCGACUGCAGAAGUACCUCAACAAGCCAGGCAGCUACAUCUUCAGGCUGAGCUGCACGCGGCUGGGCCAGUGGGCCAUCGGCUACGUCACCAACGAUAGCAACAUCCUGCAGACCAUCCCCCCGAACAAGCCGCUGUUCCAGGCCCUUAUCGACGGCUGCAGGGAAGGCUUCUACCUGUACCCCGACGGACGCAGCUACAACCCGGACCUGACCGGCCUCUGCGAACCCACGCCUUACGACCACAUCAAGGUCACGCAGGAGCAGUAUGAGUUGUACUGUGAAAUGGGCUCCACAUUUCAGCUGUGUAAGAUCUGCGCAGAGAACGACAAGGAUGUGAAAAUUGAGCCUUGCGGUCACCUGAUGUGCACUUCCUGUCUGACCGCGUGGCAGGAGUCCGACGGGCAGGGCUGCCCGUUCUGCCGCUGCGAGAUCAAGGGCACGGAGCCCAUCAUAGUGGACCCGUUCGACCCGUUCGACCCGCGCGACCGCGCCGCCAAGUGCAUCUUCCUGGACCACUUCAUGUCCCCCAUGCUGGACCUGGACGACGACGACGACCGCGAGGAGGGCCUGGUCAUGAACGGUCUGGCGUGCAUCAGGAAGUGUACGGACAGGCAGAGUUCCCCGGGGAUGUCUCCGAGCUCAUCCCCCGUGUCCCAGCGCAAGAGGUCCCCGCUGGACCCCGCCAGCAUCCAGCACCUCACCCUGCCGCCCGUCCCGCCCCGCCUGGACAUCAUCCAGAAGAGCGCGGGCCGCUCGCCGGCCGCCAGCCCCACGGGCUCCCCCAAGUCCUCCCCCGGGGUGUCGCGGAGACAGGACAAACCCCUCCCGGCUCCUCCCCCUCCGCAGAGGGACCCGCCUCCUCCCCCGCCCCCGGACCGGCCCCCUCCCGUCCCCCCGGACGGCCGCGCCGCCCGGCUGUCCCACCCCCCCACCUCCGAGGCCGCCGCCCACCUCCCUCCUCCUCAGGAGGCCUGGAGCCCGGGGGAGAGCCUCCAGCCCAACGGUCGCCACGGCGCCGACCGCUCCCCCAAACCGCUGCACGGCGGCCGGGCCGACAGGACCGCGCGAUGUCACCAGCGGCCGGAACCCGCCGCCGAGGGCGCCAAGCCACUGGCCAACGGCCUCCUGCCCAGCGACGAGUACGACGUCCUCCCUCCCCGCCAGUCCCCUCCCCCGCCCCUGCCACCUCCUGCCACGGCCGUCAGCCAGAGGCUCCAGUGCCCUUUCGCUGAGGGGGAGAGGGGGGGUCCCAGGGGGGCGUCGGAUCGGGCCGAAGACCAGUACCAGGUACCCAACUCUCACCCCGCGACAGCCUCAAACUCCCAGCAUGCCCCGCCCUGCGUCGCGGAACAAGCCCCGCCCUGCGCCUCGGGACCGGCCCCCGGCAGAGUCCUGGGGAACGGACACUGUGUUCACCCGUCUCCUGAGCGGCCGGCACAGAGGCAGAGACUCAAGGCCUUCGAGCACGAGGAUCUGUUCGGCACCCUGCCCCCCGCCGAGCCCCCGCCCCUUCCUCCCCCCCCAUCGCGCCACAGCUUCGUGGAGGUGUCCCCGUCCGCCCCCUGCGCCCGAGCCCGUCGGCCCGCGUCGGGGCACGAUCCCGUCCCGUUCGUUCCAGAAUUCUUUGACUUGCUGAGUGGGGCGGGGCCCUCUGCCACAGUAUCGAGGCUGGAGGGGGAGGGCAGUAAAUCUGCAGCGAGGCUUUCCCAGGAGUACGACCACCUGCCCCCCACUACAGUUUUGGCGGACGGCGUCCAGGCCCCCGCCCGGCCGCCCAAGCCCCCGCCCCGGAACACCCCCCCGGAGGUCCACCACAGGAGGCCCCACGGCAAGGGGUCGUCGGGCCACAGCGCGGACGCCAAGAUCGCCCGGCUGAUGGGCGAGGGCUACGCGUUCGAGGACGUGAAGCGGGCCCUGAUGAUCGCGCAGAACAAGGUGGACGUGGCGCGCAACAUCCUGCGCGAGUUCGCCCUGGUGCCCCCCCGGCUCAACCUGUAGCCCCGCCCGGGGGGGGGGGGGGGACCGGGGGUCCGGGACGUCCCCCCCCGCCUCCUAGAAGUGGACUCUGUGGAGCGGUUUCACUCCGAAACGACGGUCUCUGAGAAUCAGGGUCGAUGCUGAAAAAGAGAAUUAAAAAAAAACAGAAAAGUUUACCUGUCGAACACUAAACCUGUGAAAAAUGUUGUUUACAGUGGACUGCUGAGCGGAGGUGCGCGCCUCU